UCCGACCAUAUAUGUUUAGAUUCUCUAAUUAAAAUGCUGAUGAUGAUCACUCCUUCACUUGACCGAAUUUCCGACCAUGAUUUCCCCUUAAAAUAAAGAAAGAAAGAAAACCGUCCAUGAUGGAGUAGUCCUGGAAACAGUUUUCAUAACAAAAGGUCAAAAACGAAAUCCACAUGCUAACGUUAACCACACGAACUCUGUUUGUGCUUCAUACUGUGUUUGUGGUUGGCGGGUUUGGUCCAAAUCCCCACUUGACUCGAUUUCUGUCCACACCAAAACUACAAACCCAAAACCUCAUCCAAUUUUCCCCCGCUAAUAUAAGUAAACCCAAUAAAUUAAUAUUGCCGCUCCCAUAUUCUUUCAGACAACUCCCCUCUUUGUCUGUCUGCUUCCGGCAAAGCUCCGGUUGCAGUCCUCCCGUCGAUCAGAGGGGUCCGGGUUGGCGAUUGGAUUGCAAAAGGGGAUUUGGGUUUGUUCUGCAUUUGUUAGUCAUGGCGGCUUGCAGACUUGCAGACUCUAGUUUUCUUUUCUUGGGAGGCCAACAGGGGAGGCAAGUUCAGAGGCAUAGGCUUUCCUCGCUUAGUUUCUCUUCUGGAAAAUUUACUCUGAACUUUGAAGAUCUAUUAAAUGGACGAAGCCAGUGUAAAAGAAGCCUAAUUUCUUUGAGAAAGGCUAAAGUAGUACGAGCUGUGGCAGUUCCAGUUGCACCAUCUCCAGCAGACAGUGUAGAAUAUCGGGAACAGUUACGUGAAAGCUACGGUUUUAGACAAAUUGGAGAACCACUUCCAGACAAUAUCACAUUGAAAGAUAUCAUUGAAACCCUUCCUAAAAAGGUAUUUGAGAUAGAUGAUGUGAAAGCAUGGAAGUCAGUUUUGAUAUCUGUGACAUCUUACACACUUGGGCUCCUCAUGAUUGCGAAAGCACCAUGGUAUCUACUUCCUCUUGCUUGGGCUUGGACAGGAACUGCUGUCACUGGGUUCUUUGUUAUAGGACAUGAUUGUGCGCACAAGUCAUUCUCAAGGAACAAAUUAGUGGAAGACAUCGUCGGAACUCUAGCCUUCCUGCCACUAAUAUACCCUUAUGAGCCAUGGCGUUUUAAGCACGAUCGACAUCAUGCAAAGACCAACAUGUUGAAGGAAGAUACAGCUUGGCACCCCGUCUGGAAAGAAGAAUUUGACUCAUCCCCAAAUUUCAGAAAGGCCAUCAUUUUUGGUUAUGGACCAUUUAGACCAUGGAUGUCUAUAGCUCACUGGGUAAACUGGCACUUUGAUUUGAAGAAAUUCAGACCCAAUGAAAUAAACAGGGUGAAGAUAAGCUUGGCUUGUGUAUUUGCAUUUAUGGCAAUUGGAUGGCCACUUAUUAUAUACAAGACAGGAAUUAUGGGAUGGAUUAAAUUUUGGUUGAUGCCAUGGUUGGGUUAUCACUUCUGGGUAAUCUUCUUUCACCACACUUCUUGGUUUUUUUUAGUAUUCUAGCCAUAUUUUCUCAAACUAGCAAUUCUUUACAGCCGCAUUAUUUGAGGACUGUAAUCAAAUCCUGCUUUUAUGGUCAGGUUCUAUACUGAACUAUUCACAAAUGAAAAUCUAUACUUUCUGAAAUGGUAGACGUGGCUUGCUGUUGCCAUAUUUGGUUGAGUUGUAUUUAAGUUGGACAUCAUUUUGUCGCAACCUUCCAACUUAAUGUCACUAAGUCUUAAGUGUACCAGGAUUGCUUUGCGUAUGCUGAACAUGUCCCUUUCACAUACCAAUAUGAGAUGUCUUUUUUCCUUGAAUUCAACAUAGAUCUAAUGAGAAUCAAAUCGAAUAGAAAGUGAGGAAACUUACGGCUCAACUGUAACAUAUUUUCCUCCUAUGACCCUGACCCACAUCUUUAAAUUCUAGGUUGUUGUGGAAUGCAAGAGUGGGUACUGAUGACGGUUUAUACCUAGUACUUUGCCCUUGGAUAAGAGUGGUUUUAUAUGCCUUUACAACAGCAAUAGUAUUAUUUUUAUGCUUUACCAUUUUGAUUCCAUCAAUAUAUUGUGAAUUAUAGAGUUCUCUUGUACCUUCUGGCGAUCUCAUGAAAUGCUAACAUCUGGGAUCCCCUCCCUGAAAUUUGCAGAUGAGCACUUUCACCAUGGUGCAUCACACAGCUCCCCAUAUACCUUUCAAAUACUCAGACAGCUGGAAUGCAGCUCAGGCCCAGCUUAAUGGCACUGUCCAUUGUGAUUACCCUCGCUGGUAUAGAUAAAUCUUUUUAAAUUGAUAACAUAUUCAUGCCAUCGUAUAGGCCAAAGAACUGUAAAUGCAUUCAAGUGUUUUUUUAAAAAAAAAAAAAAUUCUGCACGAAGUCUGGGAGAUGCUUCGUUUUCGAAUAAUGACAAAAUGGAUAUUUAGUUGGUGGAAUUUGGUGACUGAUACUAUUUGAACUUAUUUACUGCACCAGCUAUGUCCUUUUGAUGAUUGUAGUUCCGAACUAAUUUCUUGGCAUCACCGAUGAGUUUGCUAACUGCCCUUUUCUCCCCUUUAACAGGAUAGAGAUCCUUUGUCACCAUAUCAAUGUUCACAUACCUCACCACAUUUCUCCAAGGAUCCCGAGCUACAACUUGCAGGAGGCACAUCAGUCUCUCCAGCAGAACUGGGGCAAGGUAUGAAAUAAUGCAAAAUACCUUUUGAAUCUCCAAACCUCUGGAAAAAGAAUUGUGUACUUCCAGUGUAUCUGCGUUAUUAUGUGCAUUGUGUCAAUCAAAUUAAGUUCAUCUUUGCCCAAUCAAUGUCAAUGAACUUAAGUUUGACCCCUAAACUGCAUCAUAUCAUUCUUCUAUGUUUUCCUUCAGCAGUCGAACCUUUCUCAUGUCGUUACUGUAUCUCAUGUGAGUUUGUUAUGGUCUUCGUGAAACAGUAUCUGAAUGAGGCUACGUGGAACUGGCGGUUAAUGAAAACAAUAUUGACAAUGUGCCAUGUCUACAGUGAGGAGCGAAACUAUGUAGCAUUUGAUGAAAUUGCACCGGAAGACGCCCAGCCAAUCACAUUCCUUAAGAGAGUAAUGCCAGAUUAUGCUUGAAUCAUCUGACGUUCCUCUAGGGUUGUACUUCUUUUAAGAAUUAAUACCAUUUUUGUCCGUAGUAGGUUAGAUUAUAGUAUUUGAUCUCAGUAUUCUAAAUGUACUUGGAUAUCGUCAACUCUUGUUGUCCUGUCCUUCAUUUUAGUAUUGAAGGAAGCUUCCUAUAUGAUUCACACCUUGGUGUCAGAGGCUUUAAUUUCUCGACGAAAACUCACUUGCAUCUUAUAUUGACAAAUCACAGUGAUGUGUGCACCCUUAAAAAUCAGGCUGUAGUAAGCCUGAAUGGACUGAUUUUUGAAGUAUCUAGUUACAAUACAAAGUGACGUUUAAAUUAUUAUACGAGUAGAGUCGUAACGGGUGAUUUGGCUAUAUAAUAUUCUCUCUGGUACUUAAUAUAAAGCAUUUUAAUUUAUUCUAAAUUUAUUCUAGG